GCACUGCCUGUCAAAGCAGUGAGCAGCAAAGCAGCCUGAAAAGAUAGACCGGAGAAGACAUCAGCAAAGCCAGAGGAAGACACAGAGACAGAGAGAAAAUACACACUAACCUCACGCCCAGGUCUCAGCGGACUCCUCGUCUCACCUCUCAGGAACCACUUUUGAUUCAGCUUUCCAAGAUGGCCAAACCCACACAGAUCUCUCCAGAGGAGCUGGAGGAACUGAAAGAGGCUUUUGCCAAAGUUGACGUGGACAACAGUGGCUUCAUCAGCAAAGAAGAGCUCAAUGAGCUUUUCAAGGCUGCCAACCUGCCCCUGCCAGGCUACAGGGUCAGAGAGAUCAUUCAGGAGCUAACCAAGACUGGAGAACAGCUCACCUUCGAUGAGUUCACGCAUAUUGUCCAUGGGCUGAAAAGCACAGAAGUGGCCAAAACUUUCCGCAAAGCCAUCAAUAAAAAAGAGGGAUUGUGUGCUGUGGCUGGAACCUCAGAGCAGUCUGGGACACAGCACUCUUACUCAGAGGAAGAAAAGGUGGCCUUUGUGAACUGGGUGAAUAAAGCUUUGGAGAAGGACCAAGACUGUAAACACAUUCUCAAGAUGGACCCCGACAGCAACGACCUGUUCACUGCAGUAGGGGAUGGAAUCGUUCUAUGUAAGAUGAUCAAUCUGUCAGUCCCCGACACCAUUGAUGAGAGAACCAUCAACAAGAAAAAACUCACACCCUUCACCAUCCAGGAGAACUUGAACCUGGCUCUGAACUCAGCCUCAGCCAUUGGCUGUCACGUGGUGAACAUUGGUGCUGAGGACCUGAAGGAGGGCAGGCAGCACCUGGUCCUUGGCCUGCUCUGGCAGAUCAUCAAGAUCGGACUGUUUGCUGACAUUGAGAUAACCAGGAAUGAAGCCCUUAUUUCCCUGCUGCGUGAUGGAGAGAGUCUGGAGGACCUGAUGAAACUUUCUCCAGAGGAGCUGCUUCUGCGCUGGGUCAACUACCACCUGGAGUCUGCCAGUUGCCCCAAGAUCAACAACUUCAGCUCUGACAUCAAGGACUCCAAGGCCUACUAUGCCAUCCUAAACCAGGUGGCACCAAAAGGAGAUGAGGAGGGUGUUCCAGCCAUCCCCAUCGACUUGUCAGGACUCAGGGAGAAAGAUGACCUGAAGAGAGCGGAGUGCAUGCUGGAGCAGGCCGAGCGGCUGGGAUGCAGACAGUUUGUCACAGCGACAGACGUCAUCCGCGGAAAUCCCAAACUGAACUUGGCUUACGUUGCUAACCUGUUCAAUAAGUACCCGGCCCUCAAAAAACCAGACAACCAGGAGAUCGACUGGAGCUCCAUUGAAGGUGAAACGAGGGAGGAGCGUACAUUCAGAAACUGGAUGAACUCCUUGGGGGUGAACCCUCGUGUCAAUCAUCUCUAUGUGGACAUCGAUGAUGCCCUGGUCAUUUUCCAGCUGUAUGAGAAGAUCAAGGUGCCGGUAGACUGGGAACGGGUAAACAAACCUCCCUACCCCAAGCUUGGCAGCAACAUGAAGAAGCUGGAGAACUGUAACUAUGCGGUGGAGCUUGGGAAGACAGAGGCCAAAUUCUCUCUCGUGGGCAUCGCUGGCCAGGACCUCAACGCAGGGAAUCGAACCCUCACCCUGGCUCUUCUCUGGCAGCUCAUGAGGAGGUACACGUUAAACAUCCUGGAGGACUUGGGCGACGGUCAGAAGGUGAAUGAUGACACCAUUGUGUCUUGGGUCAACAGUAUGCUCACCCAGGCCGGAAAGUCAACCAUUUCUGGCUUCAAGGAUAGGUCAAUCAGCAGCAGUAUGCCAGUUCUGGACCUGAUUGAUGCCAUUCAGCCUGGCUCCAUCCGAUACGACAUCCUGAAGACAGAGGACCUAACCGAUGACGAGAAACUCAAUAACGCAAAGUAUGCGAUCUCCAUGGCGAGGAAGAUCGGUGCGCGGGUGUACGCCCUGCCAGAGGAUUUGGUGGAGGUGAAACCUAAGAUGGUGAUGACGGUGUUUGCCUGCCUCAUGGCUCGGGGCAUGAAGAGAAUCUAAAGGGGCCAACAUCAGUGUCCCGAAAAAACCUUGCGACUCUCCAAAGAGUCAAAAGUUGUGUUGCGCAAUCGGGGGGAGGAAAGGGGGGGCUGGGUCAUGGUGUUCUGUCUUUUGUUUUUCUGUUACAUUUCCCAUUGAGGGUCAGGUUCAUUUUUUAAGUAAUUUACACAUGUAGGGGGGAAAUUCAACGAUUAAUGACUGGUGUAAUUGACUGCUACAGUCCACUGCUUGUAUCGGUGCUUACAUCUCAAAAAGGCGGCACUAGAAAGAAGCAGGGUGACAUGCCACUGUCUUCAGGGUGUUUCCUCCUCUCAUAUAGAUCAAUGCAUUCAGAGGUUAAAACUAAAGUGGCUAGGCCAGACGAUUGUUCACCGAAGACGAAAGGUUUCCGGUGGGGCUUAUUCAUCGUUAAAGUUAUACAUGCAUAUAUUCACGGCAUGCAGAUUAUAGAUCGGAAGUCCUUCUUUUUUGUUGCAUUCUUGUUGCCACAGAUACAGUUGAGCAGGUGUAUGAAGAAGAAUUUUUUUUCCAAGACUGCAAGUCCUUUACUGUGCAUAGUAUAGUGGAGCCAUUUGAAAGUCAGGAUACCCAUACUCCAGUGUUUUAAUUCAACCUUUAUGUAUUUCUAUGGUGCAAGUCAAAAUGUGGGAGGCAUGAUGAGAAGCGGCAAGAGCCAUGGGACAGUUUCUUAGCCUUAAUUUUGUGUUUCUUUUAGCUCACUUGAUUCCUCAUAGGUCCAAAUGCAGUUGUUAUACCCACUAUAUACAGGAAAUAAAGGUUUUGUAUUAAAAUGAA